AACUUUACUUAUCGCGCAUGCAAACGAACUAAUUUCCGUUUUUAAGACUGUGAACUUGACGGCCAAAAUGACCUACGAACCAGGCAAAUAUCCAAGGGAAUACAAUCCAAAAGUCCAUGGUCCCUAUCACCCAGGACGCUUUUAUGGAAAACCUGACACUCCAUUGGCAGAAGUCAAGCUUGGUGAAUUAGGAAGUUGGCUGUCUAGAAGGAACAAGAGCCCAAAUGCAAUCUGGGGGGCUAUACAUCGAGGUUAUUGGCAAUGGGCAAGUAAAUACUACCAUGUUAGACUGCCAGGAUUUGUUCCUUAUGCCCAGGUUAUAAUGGGCUUAUCUGCAUACUACUUUUUUUAUUUGUAUGCUGACAGAAAAUACCACAGACAUGCCAGGUACCAUUAAUAAUGGAAGCAACUGAUAGAAGUUGCUUAAAACAACACUGUCCUACAACUAGUGAAUCAUAUGCUGUAAAGACUUAGCCAGCACCUUUUUUUUUGUGAUUGUUAUAAUUGAAGAUUAAAAGUCAAAUAGGUUUAUUUUA